GCGGCAGCCUCUCGCGGUCGGGAAGAAGCGGGCACGCUCUGCGGGAGCUCCCAGGGGCACGGCCGAGGAGGAGACCCUCGGGCCGGGCGAGGACCUCACGUUUCCUUUCCCCGCUCCCCUCUUGUGUUUCCCCUCAGACCUGCCAGCUGCUGAGGGAGCCGCGGCUGUCCCCGCGCCGGGGGGUCGUUCCCUCGCAUCCUCCGGGCUGUGGGAAGGAAGAGGCGGCGGCGCCUGGAGCGGGGGUGGGCGGCCUGAGGUGAGAGCUCGGCCGGCCCCGCUGGGAAUAUGGCGACCGGUGGCUACCGGGCCAGCAGCGGCAGCACCACAGACUUCCUGGAGGAGUGGAAGGCGAAGCGCGAGAAGAUGCGCGCCAAGCAGAAUCCCCCGGGCCCGGCUGCCUCGGGCGGCGGCAGCAGCGACGCGGCCGCGAAGCCCCCAGCGGGGGUGUUGGGCACCUCGGCAGCAGCCGUGGCCAACGAGCUGAACAACAACCUCUCGGCCGGCGCAGCCGCACCUGCCGCCCCCAGCCCCGGGGGCGUGAACUGCGCUGUCGGCCCGGCGCCUCUGGCCCGGGCCGUCCCGGGCUCGCGGAGGCCCGAGGAUGAUCCCCCUGCCGCCGCCGCCCCCGCCCCCGCCUCGGGGCCACCGCCGCCCCGGGGCGACGAGGAAGAGCGGGACGGCGGCCCCGAGAAGGGCAAAAGCUCGGGCCCCAGCGCCAGGAAAGGCAAGGGGCAGAUCGAGAAGAGGAAGCUGCGGGAGAAGCGGCGCUCCACCGGCGUGGUCAACAUCCCCGCGACAGAGCGCUUGGAUGAAUAUGAAGAUGAUGAAGCAGGGCAGAAAGAGAGGAAAAGAGAAGAUGCAAUUACACAGCAGAACACUAUGCAGAAUGAAGCUGUAAGCUUGUUAGAUCCGGGCACUUCCUACCUGCUACAAGAGCCAUCUAGAACAGUUACAAGCAGAUACAAAAGCAUAACCACUUCCUCUGAAGAAGAUGCCUCAAGUAGAUAUCCCCGACCAGAUAGAAGUGGGUUCAGUAGAUAUAACAGGGAUACAAAUGCUUCAGGUAAUUUGGUCUCAAGUAGCACAUUGGAAAAGAAAAUUGAAGAUCUUGAAAAGGAAGUAGUAAGAGAAAGGCAAGAAAACUUAAGACUUGUGAGACUAAUGCAAGAUAAAGAGGAAAUGAUCGGAAAACUCAGAGAAGAAAUUGACUUGUUAAAUAGAGACCUAGAUGAUAUAGAAGAUGAAAAUGAACAACUAAAGCAGGAAAAUAAAACUCUUUUGAAAGUUGUUGGCCAGCUGACAAGGUAGAAGAUUCAAGGCUGAGUGUGGAAAAAAAUUUGAAACUACUGAUUGAACGUUAUGGUCAAUGCUAGGACAAUAUUCCUAUGCAGCAAUACAUUAAAAUAACUAAGUGUGUAUAUUUAUUUCUAGAAAGCUGACAGAUGUUUAUUUUCAAAAUACUCCUUUUUCAUGAUUAGUUUCAAACAAAGUAUCCACCUUUUAUUUCAUAGAUAAGUAAUGCCUUUUCAGUUAUUGAAAGGAUAGUUUAUGGCUUUUAUGGUUUUGUGUGGUAUGCAAAUAAAAUAUGGUUUAAAGUCACAACCAUUUAAAUGUAUUUUAUCUAGGGUAGUGCGUUUUCUCCCUAAAGCAAUAUACAUGGUCUUUGUUUACAUGAAUCCAGAUGUUUUGGGGGGAGUUACCUGAAAAUACCUUAUUACUGAUGUGUACAACCUUUUGUGUGUUGACAACUUACUCAACAAAGUCUUUGCCCACUGUCAUUUAUUCUUUCAAUUUAUUUUAAGUGAUUUAGAUCAUAGAAUCACACUAUUUUGUAUAGCAGUUAUCUUUUUAAAGGAAAGCUGUUAGAAAAAGUCACUUAAUAUCAUGUACUAGUUGACUAAAUAUAAAUUUAAAAAAGAAUACUUGAAUUGUGCUAUAGUAAAUGAAAAUUUACUAUUUUGUAUUUGAAUAUUAAAAUCACUUUAACUUUUGAAAAACAGUUUUAAUUUUAAUGUAAAAUUUCUUAUGUAGGUACUAAUUUUUUUUUUAAUGUUCUAAGGUUUAUUAGUGCACAUGAAAUAUUUAAAGAAUUGGUUAUUCUUCAGGUCUGGAAAGUGUACAAUUUCAGUGUAUAAGGAAAAAUUCAUACUGUUGAUCAUUAUGCAUAUUAACAUGCAUUAAAAAUCAAAACAAAAAAUUUGUACAUAAAGCGUUUAUGCUUAUAUCAGUAAAAUAGUACAUAAUCAGAAAUAGUACUAAAAUACUUUGCCUAAUUUCAAAGUUUGAGAAUAAUACUAUGACAGUUAUUCUCACUCAUCUAAGAGAUUAUCCCCCUACCCCAAAUUUAAGUAAUUUUCUUCCUAACAAUUGAAUUUUUAGAACAAUUAUUUUUGAGGAAUUAUACAAAUUUUCUCUUCUAUGAAAUAUCAUUAGUGUUUAUGGUUAUUUUAUAUUACAUUUUCAUGUUGAGUAAGAACCCACCUUUAAAAUACAUUAACAUUAAAAAUGUCUGCCUGAUGGUUGAAUCUUAAAUAGUUUACUGCUAUCAUCUUAUCCAAUUAAUGUACAUAAGUGGCUUGAAAUUAUUAAAAUCCAUUUUGGGUGCACUUCGAAGUCUUCUCCUUCACUUACCAAGCCCCUUCAUUAAACUGUUAGGAAAAUAGGAAAGGUGAGACAAUUUGAAAAAAAUGUGUAGUAAAUAAGUAUCUGUCAAUGAAUUCUGAAACUCUCUGUAGUUAACAGGGCCCCCCGCUUCCACCCUCAUCCCAUCUUUUAGUUUCAGAAGUUUCAAACUUGGCUGGUCAUCAGAAUCACUUCGGAUGCUAAAAAGAAUUCUCUGACUAUAGCUCUUAGAUAGGCUUAGGUUGAGAACGUGGAAUCCAAAAUGUUUAAAGUUAACACAUCUGAUGGUUUUGAUCAUCACCUGGGUUUGGAAAAAAUGUUACCUCUUUCCUCCUGUAUGUUCUCUUAGAGGCCCUGGAAUUAACAUAAUUUUAGCUAUUAGCAUUUUCCCCCCUUUGAGUUUAUUUAAUAAAUAACCUGGUCCCAGGACAGUUUUCAUAUAUUCAUAUAUAUAUAUAUAUAUGUCCUGCUCACCAAGAGUUCAAUGUUAGAUUACUAAACUUGGUAUAGUUGGCAAAAUUACUGCAUAAGGUCUUCCUUCUUAAAGACUAUUAUGCAGCCUGGGAACGGCGAUCUGCCGCCCAAAUGUCUGAAGGAGCAUGCCACACUCAGUGACUCCCUUGGCUGUAAGGCACUUAAUCUCCUUUUAACAGCUAAGUGGUAGACAUGUCAGUAUUGCCUAAUGUUCCAUUCACCUUUUGGAUGUUGUGGAAAUGCUGCCAUUUUCUAGCCUUAAAAAUAAUGUAUUCAUUUUUUAGUUACAGAGAAAAAAGACAAUUAUUUUGAAUUUUCUAUUUAAUCCAUAUAUAGGUAAAGAAACAUUUUACAUUUUAAAAUUAUACCAUUAAAGACUGAAACGUUCUUGCAAUUUUCUUCUUCUUCAGUUCAUGGGGAACAUUUCCCACAGAGAUUUUUGCUUUUUUAACAUAAAGAUGCCUAGUGCAAAUACAGGAGACGUGGUAACUGUGGCAAAAACAUUUCACAUACUGUCCACUGCCCCCUCCCUAAUAUGUAUAUUUAUUUCACACUGAAUAUUGAAAAGAUGAAGUAAAAUCUGGUACAAUUUCUUCUUAAGGUUUAUAAAAGUGUUGAGAUUUUUAAAAGGUAACUGAAAUAACCACUACCUUAGAAAACUUGGCUAUUGUCAAUAAAGUGCUAGUGUUUAUGAAAUUAUUCUGUGUAGAAAAUUUUUUAUAUGUCCUGGGAAUUUGUAGCAUAAUAAAAACAUCCAAAGUUCUAAUGCGUUUAUGAGAUCAUUUUCAAAACAACAUCCUUAUUAUCUUUAAAACAAACAUGAAAAUUACUGAAGUGAUAUUUAUCCCCCUUUUUCUAGAAUUGUUGGUAACUUGAUUGCACUACAGUUACCUGCAGAGAGGAAGGGGAAAGCUUUUGGUGGUGUAUUUCUAAAUAAGGGAUUUUACCAAAUUUAGUAGAUUAGAAGUCAGAGUUGCUUAAGUAGUUUAAAACAUAGAAAGUUAAAUAUCAGGGGCAAGUACAUGAAACGAUGUAUUUUUAAGGUGAAAAUCUUCCUCAAUUACAUGUGGCUUAUGUUUUCUUAUGUUUAUGUAUUAAUCUGGAUUUUUCUAAUUAGAAAUUAAAAUGCGAUGUUUUUAGUCCGCGAAUACUUUGUUGGAAACAGCGUAAGUCAAUAUAAUGGAAGCAUCCAUGUGUUGGAAGACAAAACUUCAAAGAUCUUGAAUUUGAUAAUUGAUCUGGUCUUUUGGACAUUUUUCACAUGUGUAGUGACAGUAAUCUUUCAUCUUUUUUGUAGUUACAUGAUUUUUUUUUAUCAUUGCCUAGUAAGUCCCAUCCAGCGUUGGGACUUGCUAGUCAUGAUUUUGUUAAUAACUAGUUACAGAAUUCAGACACAAAUUUUCAUUAUUACAAUAUGAGAAACCAAACACACCAGCUUUCCGUUGCUGGGUUUUAUUAAGUGAGAAAGAAUUCAGGAAUCAGAACUUUAACGUGUCGAAGUUAGUGCUGAACAUCCUCAUGUUGUAUGUGAAGCAUUCCCAAUAUGUACUGUAAAGCUUGACUUUUGUAUUGAAACUAUGCUGUCAUAAAUAAAGAACAUCCCAUUAA